AUGGGCAUGGACAGGAGGAGCCUAAGGGACCGGGCACAAAGGGCUGGCAGUACCCUGGCAGCCAUCGCGGGCAUGAAGCAGCACCAGUGUGAUGCAGAGCUGAGGAAGGAGAUUUCCUCUGUAUGGACCAAUCUGCCCCAGAAGACCCUGGAUUUACUGAUGCCACCCCAUAAACCCAAUGAAAUGACAGUGGGGAAAGUCUAUGCAGCUCUGAUGAUCUUCGACUUCUACAAACAGAACAAAACCACCAGAGACCAGACUCACCAAGCUCCAGGAGGCCUGUCCCAGAUGGGCCCCGCAUCCCUGUUCCACCCUCUGAAGGCCAUACUGGAGCAGGCGCAGCUGGCCGUGCUCCUAGGAGCCCGCGUUUUCCUUCGGCAGAAGAGCUCAGCGUCCCUCAGCAACGGCGGGGCUGUACAGACCCAAGAGGGCUGCACAGAGGAAUCUGUUUCCUGAGUCACCCAGAAGGUCCAGAAGGCGCCCCAGGAAUUGAGGACGCCCCUGGCACAUGGCCACUCCACAGAGAUCCCAGCUGUACAGCCAGGAAGAUCUGCUGUGGAUGUCCAGAUGCAGGGCAUGGCCCUGAGAGGCCCUGCUGGAGAACCCCAACCCGGGCUGGAGAGCCAGGGCCGAGCAGCAUCCAUGCCUCGCCUGGCAGCAGAGACUCAGCCACCCUCAGAUGCCAGCCCCAUGAAGUGUUCCAUCUCCACGCUGGCUCCCCAGCGCCCCUGCUUGGAUCAUCUCUGCAAUGCCACCCUGGACAGUGCACCAGCCAGCCAGGCUGCUUCCCACCACCACCGCUGCCAUCGCUGCAGGGACAGGAAGCAGAAGUCCCUGGAGAAGGGGCCCAGCUUGUCCGCAGACACGGAUGGUGCACCCAGCAGCACUGCGGGCCCAGGGCCACCCCAGGGAGAGGGGCCUGUGGGAUGCCAGAGGGAGCGCAGGCAGGAGCAUGGCCGGUUCCAGGAGCGGAGGCAGUCUUCCUCCUCUGAGAAGCAGUGCUUCUACUCAUGUGACCGCUUUGGGGGCCGUGAGCCCCCACAGCCCAAGCCCUCUCUCAGCAGCCACCCUACAUCACCAAUGGUCAGUCAGGAGCCAGGACCCCUGAGACAGGGUAGUGGCUCAAUGAAUGGGAGCCCCUUGUUGUCAACAUCUGGUGCUAGCACCCCUGGCCGUGGUGGGAGGAGGCAGCUCCCCCAGACCCCACUCACCCCCUGUCCCAGCAUCACCUACAAGAUGGCCAACUCCUCCCCUGUCCACUUUGCUGGGGCUCAGACAAGCCUCCCUGCCUUCUCCCGUGGUCAGCUUAGCCAUGGCCUUUCUGAACACAAUGCCCUGCUCCUGAGAGACACCCUUAGCCAGCCCCUGGCCCCUGGCUCUCGAAUAGGCUCUGAUCUUUACCUGGGACAGCGUCUGGACAGUGAGGUCACUGCCCACACCCAGCCUGAGGACACACUCACCUUCGAGGACGCUGUGGCCACCAACUCAGGCUGCUCCUCCCAGCUGACAUCAUCCUAUGUGUCCUCCCUGACCUCCCAGUCCCAUCCCCUCUGCCAUGUGCCCAAUGGCUACCACUGUACUCUGGGGCUCAGCUCUGGUGGCCAGGUACGACACAGCUACCACCACCCAGACCAAGACCACUGGUGCUAG